CCGUCUACUUCUUUUCUGAAUUAAAAUCAGUUGUGUGUCAAGAUGAAUGGAACGAUACUGCAGAAAAAUCCUGUUGUGUAUAUCAGCAGAACAGAAUCGUUCUCUGCCUGCCAUAGACUCAACAGUUCAGAAUUGAGUAAGGAGGAAAAUAAAGAGAUAUAUGGGAAAUGUAACAACCCAAAUGGACAUGGACAUAACUACACAGUGGAAGUUAUUCUACGAGGCCCAGUAGAUCCUGUCACAGGAAUGGUGAUGAAUUUGACAGACCUGAAAAAAUUCAUGAAUAUGGCGAUCAUGGAUGUAAUGGACCACAAAAAUAUUGAUAAAGAUGUACCCUACUUUAAAAAUGUUGUCAGCACAGCAGAAAAUAUAGCAGUAUUCAUUUGGAGAAGUCUGUCCGAGCAUCUGGAUCCAGGGCUUUUAUAUGAAGUCAAAGUUUAUGAAACUGGAAAGAAUGUUGCAUUUUAUAGAGGAGAAUAUGUGUAACAAGUUCUUUAGAGAAAGUUAGAAAAAAAAAGAAGAUAUGCUAGAAAUAUCAAAAAGAACUGUCACAUGGGUGAGAUUUACUGGCAAGAGAUUUAUACGUUUUAUUCAUUGAUGUCUUUGUUAACAUUAUGCUAUUUUUUGCUUAUCUGAUUAUCUGGUUUUGAAUAUUUUCCAAUCUCAUCAAAAGAGUCUCUUUAAUUUUAGUUAGCUUUAUGAUAUAUAGAUUUAUUUUGACAUUUUAUAUUGAAUGUUCUAAAUUUAUGAAUUAUUUGAAGAUGAUAUUUUUUGCAUCCUAUUACAUUCCUCUAGAUAAUGAUAUUGAU